UCUUGCAAACCCAAAAUGAGGUUUCUUUCUGUUUGUUCUUCAGAGGUGCCCAUGAUGUUGUAUCUGUUUGCUCUGGUGACUCUGGUCUGUCUUUGGGCUGGACUGCACAUGGCCUACAGAUAUCUGUGGAUGCUGAUCCUGCUUGUUAUCUUCAACAUCUUUCUGGGUCUGUACAUCUUUUCCGUCUACUUUAUCAUGCAUAAUCAGCUCUUCUGGCCAGCUAAGGCAACCUACACCGUGGAAAUGAAUGGACACGGCAGCCCAGACUCCAUAUACCAGAGCACUGGUGCUGCUACCGUUGGUGGAGGAGAAAUCAGCAAGUCCACACAGAACCUCAUCAGUGCCAUGGAAGAGAUCUCUGCAGAUUGGGAGAGAGCUUCACUGAGGCCCAGCAGUCAGCCCAGCAGUGUUUUCAAACAGAGUCCUCAGGACGAGACCUACAUCACAGAAGGAGGCUUCAUCAACACUAAUCUGGUGCAGGACGAGGAGUCACAGGAGUUUGAUGACCUCAUAUUUGCCUUAAAAACUGGUUCUGGCCUUAAUGUGAGUGACAGCGAGUCAGUCCACGGCAGUCAUGAUGGAGGUAGUGUGGCUAACUCUCAAAUCGUAGAGCUGCGGCGGAUUCCUAUCGCAGACACACAUCUCUAACCUCACUAUUUUUUUGUACUGAAAAUUGUAAAAUAAAAACAAUAGUUGUUUUUGUUUUUCACUGUUUAUGCCUUUGCACUAAAUCUUGUUAGUUUUUAAGAUGUCUUUUUAUACGUGAUUUUUUUUAUAUAUAUAUAUACAUACAUACAGUGCCAUAAAAUGGUUUUGCUCCCUUACAAUUUUUUUUUUUUUUGGUUGUUGUUGCAUUUGUCACACUUAAAAGAUUAAAAUAAAAUAUUACACUAAGAUAACCUGAGUAAAUAUAAAAUGCAGUUUUGAAAUAAUUAUUUAUUGUGGCCAUAAAAAUGUCCAAACCUACCUGGGCCCUACGUGAAAAAGUAAUUGUCUUGCUCUUGCUGCAUAACCCAAGUGCGCUUGAGCUUGAGGUCACAAAGUGAUGGCCAGUCAUUCUUCUUCAGGGUUUUCUGAUAGAGUGCAGAAUUCAAGUCAUCCAGGUCCUGAAGAUGCAAAGCAGCCCCAGACCAUCACACUACCUCCACCAUGUUUGACUGUUAGUAUGAUGUUCUUUUUAUGAGGCCUGCAGUUCUUUAGAUGUUGUUCUGGGUUCUUUUUUGACCUCCUGGAUGAGUCGUCGUUGCACUCUUGGAGUAAUCUUGGUAGGCCGGCCACUCCUAGGAAGGUUCAGCUUUAUUCAUUUGUGAAUAAUGGCCAUGGAUGUGGUUCACUGGCAUUAUAACCCUUUCAAGACUGAUACAUGUCAACUAUUUUGUUUCUCAUCUGUUCUUGAACUUCUUUAGAUCUUGGCAUGAUGUGUUGUUCUUUAAGCCUGCUUCACUUUGUCAGAAGUGAUUUCUUGAUUCACAGGUCUAGCAGUAAUCAGAGCUGGGUGUGACCAGUGAAAUUCACCUCAGCUUUCUAAAAUAAUGAGUUUAAUCAGUUAUUUCAUGAUUUAACAGGAGGGGGCAAUUAAUUUUUCAAGUAGGUCAAUGUACGUAUGGACAGUAUUUUUUCCCUUAAUAAAUGAAAUCAUCACUUAAAAACAGCAUUUUGUAUUUACUUGCAUUAUCUUAGUGUGAUAUUAAAAUUAGUUUGACGAUCUGUGUCUGUAUGACAAAUAUGCAAAGAAUUUAAAUCAGGAAGGGGACAAAAACCUUUUCAUGGCACUUUAUGUGAAUAUAAUUAUCACUAAAUUAAUUUGUGAAGGUUUUAAUAUUGUUUUGAAUGGAAAUGUCAUGUAGACUGAGUGGCAGUCUGAUCAGUGAGCCCCAUAAUUCUGCUGCUUGGUUUGUGUAACACCAAUAAUAAAUAUUCAUUAUGUA